AUGGCGGAUGGGUGCCCCGUAGGGGCACCUGUCCCAGCAAGCCCCACCGAACGUGUUGGGCCAUCUCCACAAGGGCAGCAGACUCCCCAGGACGAAACCCCUGUGCUUGGUCAAGCGCUCAGACAGGGGGGUAGAGGGGGUAUGGGGGGCAGGAUGGGGCGUGGUCGGCGGGGAGGCCGCCGAGGUGGCAGGGCACGCAGAGGGAGGGGAGGACACUUAGGCUCAUUAAAAAGAGAUGUGCAACUCCUUGAGCGGCAGUAUCCACUGCUUCCACACGCCUCAAACAUUGAUGACAUGCGGGUAAUCAUUGUUGGGGCUGGAGCUGCGGGUAUUGCUGCGGCAGCUUGCCUUAAGAAGGCAGGCCUCCACCCGACAGUGUUGGAGGCACAGCAGCGUGUGGGCGGGCGCAUCUGGACAGACACGGACACCUUCAGUGUCCCGGUGGACCUUGGGGCCUCCAUCAUCACAGGAGCAGAGCUUGCAAACGGCAGGCAGCCGGACGCGCUGGGGCCUUUGUGCAGACAGCUUGGUGUAGAGCUGCACAUGCUGAAUGGCAAGGACCUGCCACUGUACGAUGGCACAGGGAAUGUUGCCUCCUUUGACAUCGAUGCACAGGCAGCAAGGCUGUUUGAUGAGAUACUGGACGGCGUCAGAGACUUCAUUCUGACCUCAAAGGCAUCCCGUUGCAAAGCCACCGACAGGAAACUGGAGCGCAUGAGCCUUGGGGAGGCGUUCGACCGAGUUUGGUCCCAAAAGCUUACAGAAUCGGAAGAGCGACAAUCAGUGGGCCAAUGCAGCGUUCCGGAUGCCGAGAAUGAAGGCACCGUCGCGACCGCGGAUGAAACAUCCAAAUUCGGCAGCAAUGGCGCCAGCACGACCACCAAGAGCGGCACCCCCUGUGGUCGCAUGGGGCCGGCCGAUUUGCUGCAACCGGAUGAGAAGGCACCCAAUGGCUGUCCAGGUGCCCGAAGUCCUUGCCCACCCUCGUCGUCUGGUGGGGAUAACGGCGCGGCACUGAAGGAAGCGGCGUGCGUUGCUGCAAAACCUGAAGAGGGCAGCAAAACGACGGAGGGCGGCGCGGCGGCUGCAAUAACGCCCCACCACCGCUCGCUGGUGUCGUGGCACCGGGCCCAUUUGGAGUACGGCUGCGGCGCAAACCUGGACGACCUCUCCCUGGUGCACUGGAACCAAGAUGAGGCUUAUGGGGGCUUCGGGGGCCGGCACGCCAUGGCCAAGGGGGGGCUGGUGCAGGCCGUGAAUGGCAUCGUGCUGGACCAGGACGUCACUGUCACGCACGGAGAGGUGGUGUGCGGCGUGGAAUACGGAGAGCAUGGGGUCAAGGUGUCCACGCGUUCGGGAAAAACCUUCCAGGCUGGCGUCGCCCUCAUCACCGUCCCCCUGGGCGUCCUGAAGGCCGACGCCAUCCAGUUCCAGCCCCCGCUGCCCCGAUGGAAACGCGGCGCCAUCUCCAACCUGGGCUUCGGCAACCUGAACAAGGUCGUCAUGGAGUUCGAGGCGCCAUUCUGGAACGCGGACCAGGACUACUUCGGCAUCGUGCCCGAGGAUGGCGGCCAGGCGGCCGGCUUCUGCUCGAUGUUCUGGGGCAUGCAGCGCGUGUGCGGGCGGCCCAUCCUCACGGGGCUGGUGUCCGGGAACGAGGCCGUGGCGGUGGAGAAGCUGCCCGACAGCGAGGCGGUGGCCCGCGCCAUGCGGCAGCUGCGGCGGCACUUCCCGUCCGCGCCGGACCCGCUGCGCCACCGGGUCACCCGCUGGGGCUCCGACCCCUUCGCCCGCGGCUGCUACACCUUUGUGCCGCCGGGCGCCAGUGGCCAGGACUACGACCGCCUGGCCGAGCCCGUGCUGGGCUUCGGGUACGGGCUGCUGUUCGCGGGGGAGCACACGGUGAAGGAGCACCCUGACACGGUCGGAGGCGCACUGAUGUCGGGCAUGAGGGAGGCGAAGAGGGCCAUGGAGCUGCUCAACCUGCGGGUGCAGCUGAGCAACGGCAUAAGGAAGAGGAAGGCGGACAGGGACCUCGUGGAGGUCCUGCAGUCGGAGGUGCAGCUGCCGCAGGAGAAGCAGCUGUACCGAUGA